AUGAUUGUUCCCUUUCGUUCCUCAAACAGCCUUAGAUCUCUCGUACUGCUGCUUCCUGUCCUCUCAAUUGUCUACAUUUUAACACUCCGUGUUAUCCCAGCGUUCCACCACAAUGUUCUGUCCACUGCGAUACAUCGCAAGGCAGUCUACCCUCCGACCACAUACCUGGAUCCGAACAUCUCAGUCAACCUGGUGAUCGCGUCACAAGCCAAGGACGACAUAUCCUGGACCAAGAAGCUUCCCAUCCCGAACCUCAACAUCAUUCGAUAUGUUAGCGACGAUCCGAAUGCGCGAUACCGUCCUCCAAUCCUUAACAAAGGUCGCGAGGCCUUGAUGUACCAUACGUACAUGUACGACUUCUACGAUGACCUCCCGGACAUCACGAUCUUCACGCAUUCUGAGGAGCACCCAUGGCAUAUGGAUGGGGUCUUGCAGCAGAGCAUGUCUACUGCGCUGUCCAGGCUCAACCUGACUGCUGUGAUGGAAAGAGGCUACUUCAAUCUAAAGACCGGCUGGAAAGAUGCGUGUCCUGCAUGGAUCAAUACCACGAAGACACCAGACGACUGGAACGAGAGAGAAGAGCCAUUCGUGGCAUGGGCUUGGUCUGAUAACUUCCGAGAUGAUCCUCCUGCUCCGGAGAUCGUGGCAGGUCCCUGUUGCUCGCAGUUCGCAGUGACAAGAGACAAGAUACGGAGCAGGGACAGAAGCCAGUAUGAGUGGAGUCAGGAGUGGUUGAAGAUGAGCGAUUGGCACGAUUACUUCACUGGCCGUGUCUGGGAGCACAUGUGGCCGUGGCUCUUCCUGAGAGAGGCUGUCGAUUGCGUUCCUGAGCAGGAGAGCUUGUGCAGGUUCUAUGGGAUCUGCUUCCAGGAUGGUGAGACAUUGGCGAAGUGGGAGCUGAUGUGGGAAGGGAGGAAGAAUGCGACGGAGAGCAUGAGCUUUGUAAAGGAGGUGUGGAGCCCAAUGGUAGUGAAAGAGCAGAGAUUGCUGGUAGAGGAGCUCGGCAGAUAUCUCGACUUGGAAAUGGACGAUGCCAUCAGACGAGGUAGCGACGAGAAGGUCAGGACAAGUCUUCUCACAGGUGCGACGACAAUUGCAGAUGACACCGUUUCGGGAAUAGGCUCUGACGACGCUGGGAUGUAUCCGCACAUUCACAACCAUGCGGCUGGACAUUGA